GACAUCUAGAGGAUGAAAAACAAAAACAUGACACCCUGUUAUCGUUAUAAAUAUUCCUAAUACACUUCCAAUAAAACCUUGCAUGUGUUGUAAAGUAGGAUUAUUAAUGAGAGGUGAAACAAUAAGUCAACUGAGCAAAGUGAAAUGAGCCAGCCUGUGUGUAUUCCCUUUAUGAGCCAGACUUUUUUUUUUUAAUUAUGCAAAUUGUCGCUUCUUUUCUAUCACACCCGGUUCUAAAGUGCAGUCCUCUUCGGUUCUGUCGCGCUCUGUUCUACACUCCCGAUUGCCAUUGGCUCGUGAAGAUGGGAAGUGCGGGAGCAUCGGCCAAUGAGAUCAGAGCUUUAUUCCGUCGGCCCGGUUCUGGAGUGGCCUGUUACUAUUUCAAGUAGCAGGUGGAAAUAUCGAUCUCCCUCCGAGUCUGAAAGAUGAAUAUGUAUGCCGUGCCCAGCCCGGGGAUACCAGGCUGUCCACCAGGAUUAGAAUACCUGACUCAAGUGGAUCAGCUGCUCAUCAAACAGAAAGUGGAGCUCAUCGAAGCCCUCGUCGGUUUUGAAAGCAACAACAAGUAUGAAGUCCGCAACGCCAUGGGUCAGAACGUGUUCUACGCUGUCGAGGAGAACGACUGCCUGAGUCGACAGUGCUGCGGCCCCAUGCGCUCCUUCACCAUCCACAUCCUGGACAAUUUCGGACAGGAGGUCAUCACCAUCACCAGACCACUCAAGUGCACGUCUUGCUUGUUCCCGUGCUGUUUGCAAGAGCUGGAGGUGCAGUCGCCCCCCGGUAACACAGUGGGGUACGUUGUACAACAGUGGCAUCCGUUCUCGCCGAAAUUCCUCGUAGCGAACGAACACUGCGAGCCUGUGCUGAAGAUCCAUGGGCCCUUCUGUGGAUGGAGCUGCCUUCCAGACGUUGACUUUGAGAUUCUGACCAUGGACGAAGUCAGUAAGAUUGGGAAAAUCAGCAAGCAGUGGUCAGGGCUGCUGCGGGAAGCGUUCACAGAUACGGACAACUUCGGUAUCAAGUUCCCCAUGGAUCUGGAUGUGAGGAUGAAGGCCGUGAUGAUCGCCGCAUGCUUUCUCAUUGAUUUCAUGUUCUUUGAGUCUACUAACUAGUAGCCAAACAAGAUUUCAGUGAAAACAGCAUACAACAUUCCAGGGAGAACAAGGCCAUUAAGCCAUGAUGAUCAGCCCUGAAAGCCCUAGCAUAGAACAACCUUCAAAUGGAUGGUGUAAAGAAAGUUCUACAAGGUGUCUAAAUGUUGUAAUUUUGCAUGAACACUGAAACCAGGGCGUUUGUUUUUCGUCUUAGCUGCUGAGGUCGGCUGUUUAAUCCUGUCACUGGGCUGUGAGAGCAAAGUGUCUUUUGUUUCUACUUAUGAUAACAACAUUUCAAAGUAAGUGAAAGGGUUACACUAUUAGAGAAAGAAGGAUUAAUGUCGUUAUAGUUUGUAUGCAAAGAGUCUGGGCCUUGUGUGGUUUGGUCAGAUUCAAAGUUAAGAUGUUCAUUUAUAGAGAUCUUUAUGUUUGUAGCUAUAUUAUGAGACCCAGUGGUCUCAUGUAAAUGCGUUAGUUUAUUGUUCAGAUGACCUUAUUUAUUGAUUCCUAUUUUGUAUUUUAUUUGUCAAUAUAGAGCAGUGUCUGUGUGUGUGUGUGUGUGUGUGUGUGUGUGUGUGUGUGUGUGUGCACUGCUUUGAAUGUGUGCAUUUGUACCUGUGUGCAACGAGUGCACUUGUAGGUGUUUACAGAAACACUAGCUAUCAUAGGAAUCGAGGUCAUAUUUCCGAUGCCAUAACAGUUAUGCAUUUUCAACUCUGAAGGGGUUGUCGAUCCGCGAUGGGCGGACAGUACACACGUUUGCUGUCCCCCGACUUGUCCACAAGAGGGAGCUAGCCCUUCAUUUAAGAAUUAUAAGCCAGCACUGCCCGAACUAACAAACUCACCACUUGCUUAUGCCGCGGGUUUGUAUUCAGAUAUUAGUGUCUGAUGACAUUGUAAAUUUUUUUUGGGACAAACUCAGGUUGAAUUACAUGCUACUGUAAAAAAAAAAAAGUGUUGGCUAAGAGAAUAUCAAUGUUAUGUUUCAUAUUUUGCAUAAAUGUCCUGGUGCAUCCUGGAUUGUUAAGCUAUUCCGCGGUUACAUUCCCUGUGUCGCAGCUCUACAUAUGUGGCUGAUGCAAAAGUCAGAUCUUCUGUCACCAUCCAGCAUUCUGAAUCAUUUUUGAUUAGUGUGGCAAUCGGCCUGAUUAGGAAUCGUACAAUAUUAUCUAUUUGCUACAUCCACAUUCGGGCCAGUGUAGCAUCAUAAUAAAAAGUGUUUUUUCUCCAUAUGUAUGAAUCUGUAAAACUUAAAAAUAAACAACCACCUAAAGUCAUUUUAACAAGUCUUAACAGAUUUAGGCUUCUAUUUUUGUACAAAGUAUUUUAAACUGCCAGCUGGGAAACCUAAUGUCUCCAGUGUAAACCUACAUUUCCUUGUGUCAACGGCUUUUUUUUUUUCUGCCUUCAGUGAAAAAUCAUUCAGAUUAUUCUGAUCAUUUGGUAUGUCUCGUUUGGUUAAAAAAAGCAUUAAUAGGGUAAGAUGCUGGUACUAGAUCCUCUGAGCGCUUUUUUUGGAUUGUGUUUAAAAGCCAAAAAUCAAACAGAAUGUGAUACAAAGGGAAUGAAGCUAUUCCUAGUCAGUUGUAUAUUCAACAGUUAAAAGUACUUAUUCUUCUACUUUUGCACUAAUACAGUGAACUAAUGAACCGUUUUGUCAUUUAGUCAUGCAGUCAACGCCAAACUAACUCUGUGAGCUUAGCUUCAAUUGUGGAAACACUUCAAUAAAACACAACAGUGUGACGUGUGCAGCA